AUGGUGUCCCGUAAUGCCUUGCUCGCAGUGCCGCUUCUCCAGGCUGUCGCUGUGUCUGCUUCCAACGUGGACUAUACGUCCCAUGUAAAUGUCUUUUGGGGCGCCUCCACCACGGGCAAUGACUUCCCUGGUGCCUCCCGUCCCUGGGGGAUGGUCAAGAAUGGCCCAGAUCUAUGGGUUGACGGCACCGAUUCCUACUCGGGCUUUCUAGUCAACGGGAACUUCUCGGGCUUCAGCUUGAUGCACGAGCAGGGUACCGGUGGUGCCCCCAAAUACGGCACCGUCUCGCAACUGCCACUCCUUGGAAACGUGAGCCAGCCCCUGUCCAACCUGACCAUUGGUCGGUCUGGCACCGAUCACGGCUCUGUCGGUUACUACAACGCCACUACCGCACAGGGUGUGGAGGUGGAGCUUUCUGCUGCUGCUCGUGCUGGAAUUUAUCGGUACACUUUCCCGGCCAAGUCGGAAGCACAUGUGUUGGUCGAUGUCUCGCAUGUUUUGCCCUCUUAUAGGGGAAUGAACCUCAGCCAGCAUUAUGAAGGUGGCAGUAUCCGAGUCUUCUCCGACGGCCAUUAUGAAGGGCAUGGUACCUAUAACAACGGAUGGAACGAGGCUCCUAACUGGACUAUUUACUUCUGUGGAUAUUUUGACACGCCAGCCACCAAGAAUACCACAUACUCUGCCACCGAAAAAACGGGCAGUAUCGCGCAGCCCAAUGGAUAUGCAAGUUCAACUGACCGUGCCAUUCGGGUCGGUAGUCUGUUUACAUUUAGAAACGUUACACAAGUCACGUCUCGUGUGGGCAUCUCUUGGAUGUCUACCGAGAAGGCUUGCAAGAACCUCCACGAUGAGAUUCCCAAAGGCACAAGCCUUGAUACAGUGGUCAAAGAAGCCAAGGCUGAGUGGAAUGACAAAAUUCUGUCCAAGAUCACCAUCAACAGUACCAACGAGACUAGUCUCUCUCUGUUGUAUUCAUCGCUGUACUUCAUGUCUUUGAUUCCCACCAACCAGACUGGUGAGAAUCCAGGAUGGAACUCGACCGAACCGUACUACCAGGACUUCUUCACAUUCUGGGAUCUCUUCCGCUGUAGUACUUCUCUCUGGCAUGUCUUGCAGCCCACGUUCCAUGAAGAGGUGAUUCGGUCGCUGAUCGAUAUCUGGCGCCAUGUGGGAUAUAUGCCCGACGCCCGCUCUUCCAAUUACAACGGCCGGAGCCAGGGCGGAUCCAAUGCAGACAACAUCCUCGCGGAUGCAUAUGUCAAGGGCGUCCGCGGUGCAGUCAACUGGGACGAUGGAUGGCAGGCCAUGGUCAAGGACGCUGAAAUCACCCCACCCAACUAUCCAGUCGACUGGUUGGCUCCCGAUUCAUCCACCCAUGAUGGCCGCAGCGCCCUCCCUGACUGGAAGACUCUGGGUUACAUCACCACUCGGUUUUCGCGUUCAGUCAGCCGAGCGGUGGAUUACGCAGCUAACGACUUCGGCCUGUACCAAGUGGCUCUGGGUAUGGAAAAAAAAGAUUAUGUUGAAAAGUACCUGAACAGAUCCCGCAACUGGAGGAACCACUGGAACCCAGAUGCGACCUCUCUAGGAUUCUCGGGAUUUGUGGUUCCUAUCAACGAGUCUGGAUUCAUGCCGUACAACAUGCUCACUUCUGACGGAUACUGGACCGACCCGUACUAUGAGGCCAGCGCAUGGGAGUAUUCGUGGACCGACGUGCAUGACAUGGCUGAGAUGAUUAAAAUGAUGGGUGGCCGUGAGACCACCAUCAAACGUCUGGAGACCAUGUUCAUUCCUGGAGCCGACGGUACCAGCGGCUCCAUCAUCUACGAUCCGACCAACGAGCCAACUUUCAAUGUUCCUUAUCUUUUCAACUUCCUUGACCGACAGGAUCUGUCCGUCAACUAUUCCCGCAGCAUUGCGAAGACCUACUACACGUCUGGAAUUGGGGGUCUCCCUGGCGAGAGUGACGCCGGCGCCAUGCAGACCUGGCUUCUCUGGAACAUGAUCGGUCUGUACCCUCUCACCGGCCAGACGACCUUCUUGAUCCACUCUCCCUGGUUCGAUUCGAUGACCAUUGAUCUCGGCGGCGGUAAAGAACUGAAGAUCACGUCCACGGGAGGCGAUGGAAACGGAGACUCCGACUUCUACGUCCAGAGCCUCAAGGUCAACGGCAAAGCAUGGAAAAAGAACUGGCUGACCUGGGAUGAUGUCUUCUCGCGAGGCGGCACCCUCGAAUUCGAGCUUGGUGCCACUGCCGUCAACUGGACUGACGGGGAGCUGCCUCCUAGCCCUGCGUCGUAA